AUGUCGCAAUCCGACGACUCCGCUCGACCCACUGCGGUCUUUGUGGGCCUGGGCGCGAUGGGCGCCGCCAUGGCCGAACGAAUCGGUACGAGCGGCGGGGCGAUCUUCUCCGACCUGGUCCUGUACAACCGCACGCCGGCCAAGGCGGAAUAUGUUGCGGCUCGCGUUUCCGAGCAGGCAUCUGGCGACAAGACCUUGCGCACGACGGUCGCCGCCACGGUGGAUGAGGUUGCCGCUGCGGCGCUCCGAAACCCGAGUGGCGUCGUCAUAGUCGCGAUGCUCUUUGGCGAUGACUCCACCGAGGGCUUCUUCACCGCGUGCCUCAAGCUUCUUCACCGCGACCAGACGGCGGCAGCCCCACCCUUCCUCCUCGCCAACUGCGCCACCAUCUCUGCCCCGGUCGCGCGCAAGCUGGCGCGUCUGGUCCACGAGGCCGGCGGCGCCUUUGUCAACGCGCCCGUCACAGGCCGGCCGCCGCACGCCGCUGCCGGCCAGUUAUGCAGCUGGGUGGCAGCAGCCGGCGAGGCUCCGGGGGUUGCUGCGGGCGCGGACGCCGCUCUAUUCUCUUCGCACCCGGCGCGCGUGUUCGCGGAGCGCGUCGCGCCGCUCUGGAGCAAGCACGCGCGCGUGCUGUCGGAGAGCGACGCGGGCGCGUCUGCGCUGUACAAGCUGUGCACCAACCUCAUGGUGUACGGCUUCGGGCAGGUGCUCGGCGAGGCGCUCCUCCUCCUCGACGCGGCGGGGCUGCCACGCGACUCUUUGCGCGACUGGACCUCUCACGUGCUGCCGGCGCCCAACCUGGUGGACCUGUACUGCGACAAGAUGGUGAGCAGGAGCUUCGGCGGCGACGGUCGGCCGGUGGGGGCGGCGCUCGAGGUGGCGCAGAAAGACCUGCGGCUGAUGCGAGGGCUGGUCGACGAGGCGGGCGGCUCUUCCUCCAACUCCUCGCCCGAUCCGCCUCGCCCGGGGGCUCCGCUUCCGGUGCUGGACGGCGUGCUGGGGGAGGCGAGCUGGGGUGGCAGCUCGCUCCACGCUGCUAGGGAGGCGCCGAUGGACUGGAGCGCCUUCCUGCUGGAGCUCGAGGCGCGGGCGACGAGCUGA